UAACCCCCCGGGUCCCCUCCAUCGCCCAGAUGCCUAGGCUCCCCCAUCAGCACCCUGAUGCCGCUGCCCCCACCCCACCCCAGCUGGGCCCAGGGGGUCAAGCCCCCUCUUCUCCAGGACGCUGUUGCCCGCCGUGUGCUGCAACGCCCCCUGCUCAGGAGCGUGUCGGUGCCAGCGGAGCCCCCCCGCAUGGAUGUCACCUAUGCUGUGGUCAACAAGGCUCGCCGGGGAGGUGGGGCCACAGGAAAAGACCCCACCUCUUUUGAGCAAGACCCCACCCCCCUGGGAAGCUCCUCCCUCCCUGGGAGCCCCGUGCGGCACCCCUUACCCACCCUGGCUGCACCUAUAAGACUCCGAUUCCCCACUCUCCUCCAGCCUCUCCCCAACCCAGUGAUGGUGCCUAUGAGGUCGUGACCCCGCAUGGAGACCCCAGCAGCUCCCCCUGCCUCGGGUUUAACUUCCGGAUCAGGAAGCCGAAGGGCCCGCGGGAACCUCCGGCUGAAUGGUCCCGGGUAUGAGGGAGACCCCCCGCCAGGGUGGGCAGCCCCAGUGAUACCUGCUGGGAACUGGACAAUGACCAAACCACACGUUUAUUACGAGCAAUAAAACCAGUGAGAGCAG